CUGAGCCCAGCAUCUCGCCCAAAUCUCGCCCUUCGACUCCGUGUCGCCCUCGCCCCCUCUCUCGUCCGCGCAAUGGCCUCCACUCUCGCCCGCACCGUCUUCGCUAGACGCUUCCACGUCUCGGCCUCCCGCCAUGCGCUCUCCAAGUUCACCAUGCCGGCAAUGAGCCCUACCAUGACGGAGGGUGGUAUUGCAUCAUGGAAGAAGAAGGAGGGUGAGUCCUUCGCGGCUGGAGACGUCCUGCUCGAGAUCGAAACCGACAAGGCUACCAUCGACGUUGAGGCGCAGGAUGAUGGCAUCUUGGCCAAGAUCAUCGCCCAGGACGGUCAGAAGGGCAUUGCCGUUGGCUCGCCCAUUGGUAUUAUCGGCGAGGAGGGUGACGACAUCUCUGGCGCUGAGCAGCUGGCUGCUGAGUCUGCCGAGCCUGCUGAGAAGCCGAAUGCGGCGGAGAAGGCUCCCGAGGCACCCAAGUCCGAGCCCACCAAGACGGAGGCCCCCAAGCAGGAGACGAAGUCCGAGCUCCCUACAGGUGACCGCAUCUUUGCCUCGCCUAUCGCGAAGAAGAUUGCUCUCGAGAAGGGCAUUCCCCUCGCGAAGGUCAAGGGUACUGGCCCCAACGGGCGUAUCAUCCGGGAGGACGUCGAGAAGUACCAGGCACCUGCCGCGAGUGUAUCUGCGGCUCCUUCCGCGGCUCCCUCGCCCUCUGCAUCCCUUCCCGAGUACACCGACACCCCCGUCUCGAACAUGCGCCGCACCAUCGGCACGCGUCUCACGCAGUCAAAACAGGAGCUGCCCCACUACUACCUCACCCUGGACAUCAACAUGGACAAGGUGUUCAAGCUCCGUGAGGUGUUCAACAAGACCCUGGGCGACAAGGACAAGUCGGCGAAGCUCUCGGUCAACGACUUCGUCCUGAAGGCCGUCGCGUGUGCGCUCUCCGACGUUCCCGAGGCUAACUCGGCGUGGCUGGGCGAGGUCAUCCGGCAAUACAAGAAGGCUGACAUCUCUGUCGCUGUCGCGACGCCCACGGGCCUCAUUACCCCCAUCAUUAAGGACGUCGGCUCCAAGGGUCUCGCGUCAAUAUCGUCUGAGGGCAAGGCGCUUGCGAAGAAGGCGCGCGACGGCAAGCUCCAGCCCCAGGAGUACCAGGGUGGAACCUUCACUGUUUCCAACCUUGGCAUGUUCGGCAUCUCGCACUUCACCGCCAUCAUCAACCCCCCUCAGUCAUGUAUCCUCGCCGUCGGCGCGACCCAGCCCACACUGGUCCCCGCACCCGAGGAGGAGCGCGGCUUCAAGGUUGCGCAGAUCAUGAAGGUCACGCUGAGCGCGGACCACCGGACGGUCGACGGUGCGGUCGGCGCGCGCUGGUUGUCGGCGUUCAAGGGCUACCUCGAGAACCCCUUGACGUUCAUGCUCUGAGAGGGAUACGGGGUCCGGGCUGGGGCUGCAAAAUCGUCCUUCGUUGACAUCCAUAGACUUGCUACGUCGAUAGUACACUUUUGCCUAUAGUUACUCACGAUACCGCCAGGGUGCUGGGUUUACCAGCAACUUGUAAUGUUUCACGUCGUUGCU